AUGAAUAGGCAUUAUACAAAACUACUCGUAUCCACGAUACUAAUAUCAUUUAUACUUGUAUUUACAUAUUGCACGAUUCAUCUUAUAUUCAAAAACAAAAAUGCAUUUACAUUGAAUGAGUUGUUGAGAUCUCAACUAGAUCUCCAGAAUUUGAUCAAAACCCAAAACCAAAUUAUUACAGAUUUGGAUAUCGUCAAAUGUAAUAAAUUGAUAAAAUGUAAUAUACCGUUAGGUUAUGUUAGAUUAAACCCGUCGUUAAGUUAUCAUCAAACGAAAGGUGGGAAUACCAACGAAAAGAAGAAAAUGUAUUAUUCAGAAUAUUAUUUAGUUGCGAAAUUGCAGGAUAUACGAGAAGCAACGAAAUUUAUACUGGAUAUAGUGAUGGAGCAAAAGGAGGGCUACGAAUUAGUUGGCAAUGGUAAAGGAGGUUUCAAAUUUUAUAAAAAAUUGGAAAGAAAUAAUAUUGAGCUGCCCAUAAUGGACAGUACCAAAGUGUUAAGAUCAGUUGAUAUAUUGUUUGGAAGCAAUGAUCUUAUUGAUUUGAGAGCAAACCAUAAAACGCUACAUUUUACACAUGAUGAUCUGAUCCAUACGAUAUUAUCAAUAUCACUAAUGAGUCAAGAUAAUAUAGUUGAACAAGAAAAUUCGGUUAAUGAUGAAAAACACAAUACCAAACAACAAAAGGAAGUUAUAGCAACCCGACUGGAGAAAUAUAAGAUUAUGCAAAUUUCAGAUUUACAUUUUGGACAAGAUUUGGGCAACUGCAAUUCCAAAGGAAUUGAUUGUAAAUCUUCUGAUUUAAAAACUUUAAAGUUCAUAGAUCAAAGUAUCAAGGCUGAGAAACCGGAGAUUGUUGUUAUUACAGGAGAUCUAUUUGACAUCAAACGAUCUACUGAUUACAAAUCUAUUUUACUCAAAAGCUUGCAACCCAUAAUUGCCACGGGUACUAAAUUUGUAUACACAUUUGGUGAUGAGAGUUUUAGUCGAGAGGAUAAAUUAACAAUUUUGGAGUUUUUAACAACUUUACCCAACUGUUUAAACUAUUUGCCUAUAGAGAAUAGUCUUCAUGGGGUCACCAACUACAAUUUCAAGAUAACUAACGAAUUGAAUAAACAAAGUAUUGCGUUAUCAGUACUAGAUUCAGAAGACCAAUUCAUUGAUGAGUCUCAAAUCAAUUAUUUGUAUCGAUUUUGUAACAACAAGGAAUUUUUCCUAGAUUAUAAACUCUUGUUCUUCCAUCAUCCAUUGCCCCAAUAUCGUCCAGCAGGGAUUUUCAAAAUCAUAGGUUCAUAUAACGAGAGACAUCCAUUGAAUUCUAAAACAAAUGAAAAAUAUCAUGAUGAUAUCGUGAAUUGUAGCUAUCAUGUAGUUUCAGUUGGUCAUGAACACGAAAAUGACGCCUGUAUCUUGUCAGAAAUGUCAAAAAAGGAAAACGAGGCGGAAGAAGUAGACAAGAAUGAGAAAAAAAGUAUAUGGUUAUGCUACAGUAGUGUAGCUGGUGAUUCAGCAAUUACAAAAUUAAAUCAACUGUAUGUGAGGAAAUUGAGGAUGUUUGAAGUUGACUUUACAAAAAAAAGAAUAAUUAGUUGGAAGAAAAAUGAAAAUGACAAGACGGCGUUUGAACCUCAAUUGAUAUAUCAGAAAGAUGCUGGAUCAUGA